UAAACGUCGGAAGUUUAUACUCGAGAACGGAGAAGAAAACAUGGAGCUCUUUGUGAUUUCCCCCGAUUUGAGAUUUACAAACGUAACUGUCGCCCCGGGCUCGACUGUCAGUGAUUUGAUCGAUCAUUUUACCAAUAAAGAGGGUGCCCCUUUCACAGAUUUCUACGUGAAGAGUAAUGGACGCUUAUUCUACAGUAAUGAUUUGCUUCAGGCUGGAUUGGUGUACCGUGUGGAGCCUCGGUUAUAUGGAGGCAAAGGAGGGUUUGGCUCCAUGUUGAGAGCUCUCGGAGCUCAAAUCGAAAAGACCACGAACCGUGAGGCCUGCAGGGAUCUGAGUGGAAGGAGACUUCGAGAUGUUAAUCACGAGAAAGAAAUGGCAGAGUGGUUGAAAAAGCAGGCGGACCGAGAUGCGGAGAAGGAACAGCGUCGUUUGGAGCGAAUUCAGAGGAAACUGGCAGAACCAAAACAUUAUUUCACAGAUACGAAUUACGAGCAGCAGUGCCACGACCUGUCUGAGAGACUUGAGGACUCCGUACUGAAAGGCAUGCAGGCUUCUUCUAGUGGGCUUGUGCAGGCAGACGAGGGGCUGAACCGCAAGCGUCCAACUUUGACCGACAAGCAAAAGAAAGCAAAAAGGAAAUGUUUAUGGACUGGCAUUGGGGAUCUGGAUGAGAUGGGGAGCUCUGGUGAAGGCAGUGAUGACAGUGAUAGUGAUGCCUCUCCCUCCACCUCUUCCUCUGGAGCUUCCUGUAGUUCUGAUGUUCCCAAACCUGCUUUGCUGCCUUUCACCAGCAGAGGGCAGCACAGUGCAGAACCUCAGGAACAGCCCAGCAGCAUCAGCUCCUCUUCAAGUCCUGCACCCUGCUCCCCAACACACAACCAUGAGGAGGAGGAGGAGGAGGUAGAGAGGGAAAAAGAGACUGAAUGUACAGCUGAGGUAGUCCAGAGAGGGAGCACCGAAGAGGAAAAUGUACAAAUGCCAAACACAGAAGCAGAAAACUGCCCAGCUGAGAGCAGCCAGACACAAGAAACGGUGGAGGGUCCAUUGGAUUUGCUCUCUGUGAGUGGGGUGGAGCAGUUGGAGUCUCUGGGUCUGGAGCGUCUGAAGAAAGAGCUGAUGGAGCGAGGGAUGAAGUGUGGAGGGACACUACAAGAGCGUGCUGCUCGUCUUUUCUCUGUCAGAGGACUGACUCCAGAUCAGAUUGAUCCUGCACUGUUAGCCAAACCCAGCAAGGGCAAGAAGAAAUAACUUGCUUCUGAACCACUGAUUUGGUUCAUUGAUUUUUAUCCAACUAUUUCUGUUCUGCUGUCUUUAAAUUUGGCAUAUCUUUUUUUUUUAUUUUUUUAUUUUAAUUACAGAAAAUCCACAGUUUGGGAAAGAUGCGUGCUCUAGAAUUUUAAAUAAUGACAUCUAUAUUCAUUGGAACAUCAGAGCUGCUUGAACAGUCAUGUUUUUUAGUUUUUCAGUCUUAAGUCUCAUUUAAGACUAAAUCUCUUUUUUGUUUUUCUUUUCUUUAUCAUUUCGUUAGUAAAACAUGUGAUGUUACAAUAGCCAGCCUUUUUUGUAAUACAAUAAAUUGUUUAUGGUUGCAUAGUCAGUGUAAAUAGCUGUUUUGAUUCAUACUGUCAUGUACAGUAUAACUUCAUACAGUUUCCUCUCAGAUAUUAAUAAGACACUCAUCAGAUGUCUUUGAGACAUUUGUUAUUGAGAAUGUUUGCAAAUCUGAAUCUUUUUCAAAUGUUUAGCAGUUGUUAAUUAGAUUGCAAUGCUUUCCAGAUGAAACACUCUUAAACAGACAUAUCUGGGUUGUCUGGCAGUUAAAGUGUUGUAAUAAUUUUGUAGUUUGAUGGAUGUACAGACAAUACAUUAAGUUGCUGAAUAUCUAUUAGUCUUAAAGUAGAUAGAAGACCUUUUGUGUGUUUCUUUACAUUUGAUAGUUGCUAUUUAAAUUAAGGAACAUUUCAUCAAUGUAAGUGAAUGAGAUUUUUCCAAUUAUUGAUUGUCCGCUGUGUGAAAACCGUACAUCUGUUCAGUUAGAAAAGACAUAUCACACUAUUCCAGAAUAGUCUGAAUGUCUAUACCAAAUUUGGUGGAUGUAGCUUGAGAGCUCUUGAAGGAGUUAGUGUUAUACUUUCUGGUCUCAGUUUAGGGAUUUUGAUAAUAUCCUGAACCAAAUUGGCUUCGUCAAGCAAACUUAAUACAUUUUAAACCAUGACAAUGUAUCAGUUUGAUGGCACACAAAUAAAAAAAUACAAAUUGUU